AUGGCGACCACGCCCACGCCUGGCUCGCCUGCCAGUAUCAACACUCCUCCUACGCCUCGACUCGGCGGCUUCCAUGACGAUUGGGAGCCUUACACCCCCGUUCGCAAGUCUGCUCGGAUCUCGUCGCAGCGCACCACCUCAGCGAACCGAACCCCGUCCCCUCACCUGUCGGGUCGCACCUCAACAUCUCGUCAGGUUCGCGCUUCACCCAAGUCGACCUCCGACAAGAAACACCACCCAACCCAAGCUACCUCAUCCAGCAUGACUUCGCCCCCGGCGACCGCGUCGCCGCAAAAGAAGCGUCUUCCUGCCUCGUCGCGCGUGUCGUCGGGCUCAUUGACUGCAGAGAGCAUUCGCAACGCCGCCGCCGCCCUCGGCCAGUCGCAGAAGAUGGAUUCCCUCACCAGCGCCCCAAGUCAAUCGGCCCACGUUCUGCCGACCCCUGCCAAGACGCCCGCACGCAAGCAUGCCGAGCAGAAUGAGAAGAGCGUCAACGCGAUCGCGCGCAACCUCUUCAGCAAGCCCCAGAGCCCCAAGAAGACGCGCACCAAGCAGUUCAAGCUCGACAGCUUCGAGCCUGAGGACGACACCUUCCAGAUCUACACCGACUCCCAGGACCGACUCCCUGCGCCCGACGUCACCGAAGACAACCCCUUCUACGGUGAGGCGGGUAUCGCAGCCUCUGCGAGGCCCGUGCGCCGCAGCUCGCGCAACAGGAAGAACAUCGUCGGCGCCAGUGUCUCCGAGCAGGUCAACGAGGUUGUCAAGCGCGAGGACGGCUUGCUCUAUGUCUUCCGUGGCAAGAAGAUCUUUAGGAAGUUCUCAGAGAGCGACGAGGCCAGCUCCCGACUCGACGUCAAGCCUCGCCUUCUCUUCCCGAGUGCCAAGAGCCACAAGGAGAACGACCUUGCUCACACCGAUGAGGAGGCAGACACCGAUAUCGAGCAGCCCAUUGCUGGCAAGGUCGACGACGUCAAGGCCAGAGCUGAGACACCUGUCGAGGCUAGUGAGGCGAAGAUUGACACCCCCAAGGCGCCCAAGUACGCUCCCGCCUCACCUCCCAACACGAGCCGGGCCGCUCGAUCCAAGAAGAUCACCACCGAGCCGAACCCAGUCAAGACCAAGCGUGCUGGCAACCGGAGCCCCUUUGAUGGUUGGCGUCGUACCAAGACUGCCUCCGAGGGAUCUGUGAAUGGCCACAAGCGACCUGGCGAGGCGCUCAGCGCCCCAUCUGCGUCCAAGCGACCCAGAACUUGA